UGCAACAGUGCAACCAAACAGUUCUGUCGUUGCUAACUUGCUACCUCUAGCAGUCGGCGGAGUCUUACAGAUGACAGUACCGAGCUCCGCCGGACGGAGACGGUGCGGUAAAAUAUUUUCGUAUCUCCAUUGACAGGAGUUAUGGAGCUGUGAGUCUGCUCUGCAAAUUGCCUCCUUAUGAAGAAUGUCCAUCUUUUACUGUCACACAGGCAGCCUAGGGAUUGAAUAGAGGAGAAGCACCAUGUACUCAGACUGGCGGUCCCUGCACCUGGCGGUGCUGAGCGACCAGGGUCACCUGAGCGUCCUCCACAGCUACCCUCCGGUGGUGGGCCGCGAGGUGGCCAACGCGGUGGUGCGCCCCCUGGUGGCGGCUCCAGUCUCCGACAGCUUCCUCAAAACCGACAAAGAGGUAAAAUGGACCAUGGAGGUUCUGUGCUAUGGCCUGACCCUCCCUCCGGACAGCGAGACGGUGAAGCUGUGCGUGGACGUGUACACGGAAUGGAUGAGCGCUCUGAGCUCUCCCCGCGGCUCCACCCCCCAGCCCAUCGUCAAGGAGCCCAACCUGUAUGUGCAGGCCAUCCUCAAACACCUGUUCAACCUCUUCCAGCCCAGGUCGGAGCAGUACAGCCCCAGUCACUAUCGGCUGUGCCACCAGGUGCUGUUGGCGGUGCAGAGGCUUGCGCGGGAGUCUGGCAGCAUGGUGCGGGAGACCUGGGAGGUGCUGCUCCUCUUCCUCCUGCGCAUCAGCGACACGCUGCUGGCUCCGCCCACAGUGGGAGGUGGAAUCGCUGAGAAGCUGGCGGAGAAGCUGGUGAGCGUGCUCCUGGAGGUGUGGCUCCUGGCCUGCGCUCGCUGUUUCCCCACCCCGCCCUACUGGAAAACCGCCAGAGAGAUGCUGGCUAACUGGAGACACCACUCCCCAGUGGUGGAGCAGUGGAGCAAGGUCAUCUCCGCCCUCACUUCCAGGCUUUUGCGGUUCACCUACGGUCCGUCGUUCCCUCUGUUCAAAGUUCCGGACGAGGACGCCAACCUGAUUCCGGCUGAGAUGGACAACGACUGCGUGGCUCAGACCUGGUUCCGCUUCCUGCACAUGCUGAGCAACCCGGUGGACCUGAGCAACCCGGCCAUCGUGAGCACCACGCCCAAAUUCCAGGAGCAGCUCCUGAACGUGAGCGGGGUGCCCCCAGAGAUCGUCCAGCACCCCUGCCUCAAGCAGCUCCCACACAUCUUCUUCAGGGCCAUGCGCGGGGUCAGCUGCCUGGUGGACGCCUUCUUAGGUGUCUCCCGGCUCAAGUCGGACAGCGCCCCCCCCACCCCCGUCAACAGACUGAGCAUGACCCAGCCCCCCGCCGCCACGGCAACCACGCCCCCGCACAGCCGCAAACACAGGCCCACCGUGGUCAUCAAAAACUCCAACAAGGGCUCCACGGGAAACAUCUCCCACCCUAAAGUGUCACAGCAGAGCUCCACCUCUCCGCUGUCCAGUCCCAGUCAGGCCAGCUUGGAGCCCCGCCCCCUGCCCGCCCCUUCCAGGCCAAAGGUCAACAGCAUCCUCAACCUCUUCGGCCAGUGGCUAUUCGACGCCGCUCUAGUGCACUGCAAGCUCUACAACGGCGUCAACAAGGACCACAGCAUGACCGCCCUGGCCUCCCAGGCGGGCGUGGAGCUCCGGCGGAAAGGGUCCCGCAUGUCCUCGGACUCCAUGGUCUCCAACCCCCUGUUCGACGCCAACGAGUACCCCGACAACUACGAGGCGGGCAGGGCCGAGGCCUGCGGCACGCUCUGCAGGAUCUUCUGCAGCAAGAAGACCGGCGAGGAGAUCCUGUCUAUCUACCUGUCCAGAUUCUACAUGGUUCUGAUCCAGGGCCUCCAGAUCUCGGACUCGGUCUGCCUGCCCGUUCUGGCCAGCAUCAUCCUCAACUCCUCCUCCCUCUUCUGCUCGGACCUGAAGGGUGUCAACCUAGUGGCCCCCUACUUCAUCUCCGCCUUGGAGACCAUCCUGCCGGACAGGGAACUGUUAAGAUUCAAGGCUUACGUCAACCCUGUGGAGCUGAGACGGUCGUCCAUCAGCAUCUUGCUCUCGAUGUUGCCUCUCCCACACCAUUUCGGCAACAUCAAAUCUGAGGUCCUUUUGGAGGGGAAGUUCAGCAACGAGGACGGGCCCCUCCAGGACAAAGCCUUCAGCUUCCUGUCCCUCAAAGUGCGGCUCAUCAAAGUCCUGAUCGGGGCCCUCCAGGCCGAGACGGACCCCCACAACACGCAGAUGAUCCUAGGUGCCAUGCUGAACAUUGUCCAGGAUUCUGCCCUUUUAGAAUCGAUAGGGACACAGAAUGAAAUGGCCAGUGUGGAUGGCAGCUUCACGUCCAUGAGGAGUCACAGCCGCAACAGCAGCGGUAUGAGCACGGGCAGCGGGGGGAGCUCUGAGGCCACCACCCCGGAGGCAGAGCGCCCAGCACACGCCCUCCACCGAGACUACGACAUGGCUGCUGGCUUGCUCACCCAGUGCAUCCACCUGGUGAUCCAGAAGCUGUCCUCCCAGUGGCGUCCCGACAUGGGCGUCUCCCUGGCCGCCCUGGAGCUGCUCUCCGGCCUGGCCAAGGUGAAGACGGGGGUGGACUCUGGGCACGUGGUGCUGGCGUUGGGCGCAGUGUGCUCCUACAUCGUGCACCAGUGCAGCCGCCCCGCCCCCCACCACUCGCGGGAGCUCCACUCCAUGAUCGUGGCGGCCUUCCAGUGCCUGUGUGUGUGGCUCACCGAGCAUUCAGCCAUGCUGGGGGAGAAGUACUGCCUGAUGGAGGUGCUGGAGAUCGUGGAGCUGGGGAUAUCGGGGAGCAAAUCCAAGGGCAGCGACCAGGAGGUGAAGCACAAAGGGGAGAAGGAGCAGAACCCCGCCUCCAUGAGGGUGAAGGAGGCGGCCGAGGCCACGCUAUCCUGCAUCAUGCAGGUCCUGGGGGCCUUCCCCUCGCCCAGCGGCCCGGCGUCCCCCUGCAGCCUGCUGAACGAGGACACGCUGAUCCGCUGCUCCAGGCUGUCCGCCACCGGCCGAAACAACUUCCGCUACUUCGUCCUGGACAACUCGGUCAUCCUGGCCAUGCUGGAGCAGCCCCUGGGCAACGAGCAGAACCCCUGCCCCUCUCUGACGGUGCUGAUCCGCGGGUCGUCCGGCAGGCACGCUUGGACCAUGCAGCUCCACCACCAGCCCAGAGCGGCACGCGCCAGCCAGAAGGUGUUUGUUCCUGAGAGCCGGCCGUCCCCUCAGAAUGACGUGGGAACUCACUACAAUGUGAAACACCUGUCCUUCCCGGAGGAGGCUUACAACAUCCCCUUUGUGAAAGCAGACGUGAGCAUCCCGGACCUGGACGACAUCGUCAGCAAGGAGCUGGGGGCUCAGCACGAGCGGCUGCAGAGCCUGAUGGAGCAGCAGGUGGAGUACGAGUCCGCCGUGGAGCGCCGGCGCCAGGACCUGUGGGACCGCAAGAGCUUCCCCGACCCGCACACCGACUGCAAGCCGCCCCCGCCCGCACAGGAGUUCCAGACCGCCCGGCUCUUCCUGUCCCACCUGGGCUUCCUCUCGCUCGAGGCGCUGAAGGAACCCUCCAACAGCCGGCUACCUCCUCACCUGAUCGCGCUGGACUCGGCCCUGCCCGGCUUCUUUGAAGACAUCGAGUACCUGGACCUGCUCCCCUGCCGCCCCUUUGACACGGUGUUCGUCUUUUACGUGAGGGCGGGGCAGAGGACCUAUCAGGAGAUCCUGAGGAACGUGGACUCUUCAGCCAAUGUUCAGCCGCACUUCCUGGAGUUCCUGCUGUCCCUGGGCUGGCCGGUGGACGUGAGCAGACACCCGGGCUGGACGGGGAACAUGGAGACCAGCUGGUCCAUCAACGCCUGUGGGGACGGGGAGGUCCAGCAGCAGGCAGAGGACGCUGUAGUGCUGGAGGACAGCGGAGGGGGUGUGUUCAACGGGGAGAAGAGAGUGCUGUACUACGCUGACGCCCAGACGGAAAUCGCCUUCGUGGUCCCGACCUUCACCGACACAUCCACAGCUGAUUCGUCAGAAGACAGCGAUCCCCCCAUGGAGGUGGAGUCCCAGAUUGACCCAGCUCCCCUUGCGCCCGGAUCACUGAACCUGACGCUGGACCUCCACUCCAGCCAUUCUGACAACAUGGUGGGACCCUUUCCGCGGAGCCCCUCUGUGAAGUCUAAGAAGCUGCCCUCGGGAAGAUCGGUUCCACAUCUGGGACCUGAGACCAAAGUUCUGGUGGUUUGGGUGGAGAGCUUUGAUGACAUCGAAAGUUUCCCCCUCUCGGAUCUCCUGGCAGAGACCAGUACCGGGAUGGAGUCAGCCUUGAACAACAGCACCGCCUCCUACAGGUCGUUCGGAGCGGAGAAAGAUGUUCCGGUCCUGUUCAUCCAGCCCCUGCGGACAGGCCUGUUCCGGAUCCGGCUGCAGGGCGUGGCAGGGAAGCUGAGCACAGUCAUCCCGCUGGUGGACGGGAUGGUGGUCAGCAGGAGAGCGCUGGGCUUCUUGGUGAGGCAGACUGUGAUUAAUGUGUGCUGGAGGAAGAGGCUGGAGAGCGACUCGUACAGCCCGCCGCACGUGCGCAGGAAGCACAAGAUCGCCGAGAUCGUGGGCCGCUACCGCAACAAGCAGCUGGAGCCCGAGUUCUACACCUCGCUCUUCCAGGAGGUUGGGGAGAAGGGCCCCAAUCUGUGACCUGCAGACUUUUACACGAGCUGCGCAGACUUUACACGGGCUGCGCAGACUUUACACGGUAUGCGCAGACUUUACAGCCAGUACAGUUUACAUGUGCUGCGCAGACUUUACGCGGGCUGUACAGGCUUACAAAGGUUGCUAGGGCCUUACGCAACCCGCGCAGACCUUUAACGAGACACUUUUUAUACAGAAUGUGACCUGUGGAGAGGCAGAUUUUACACGAUCUGUGCAGAGAUAAUAUGAACUGCGCAGAUGUUUACAGACAGCGCUUUACACAGACUGCACAUACUUUUUUAAAUUCAAAUCAGCAUUUAACCAUGACGUAAUUUGAAGGAAAGGUUUACAAAUCAAAAAGUUGAUACUGUUAACCCCCCCUCACCCCCCACCCCACCCCCGGUGCAAUGGGACUGAACUGGAACCUCAUCGUUUUCUUCCUUUCUUUUCUAAAAUGACACAAGGGGCAUCCUGUUGGACACUCACACACCCCAACUCUACCAUACAGAUAAUCAACACAAUACUGGUGUAUAUUUCCAUCUAUAUUUAGUUAGUUUGUGGUGAACGGAAAAGCUCUGUUUCAAGUAGUUAUGUAGACCCUUUCAAUACCCCCCCAUCCACAAACAAAUCCCUGGCACAGUCUGGAAUUUAAAUUUCUGUAUUCUCAGGUAGUUUACGUCUUUUUUUUAAUGUGUUCGCAUUUGUUUUUGUGUUUAAUGCACUUCAACGGUCUGACCUCUAGUGUAGGCAUUAAUAUUGCUAAUUUUAGGCCAUGUUCACCGGCUUCCAUUUUGGCUCCGUUUGGUCUUGCACUGAAAAAGUUGGCAUUUUAUUUUGAAGAGCAAUGUCUUAUAAAAAGUCAUUUGAAAAUGGCGCGGCCCAAGUGACACAGACCCCCCCCCCCAUGCCCCACACCGCCAGUAUGGCUUCUUUUGCACAUGGAUUUGGGUUGUCCACUGGUUUUGGGAACGAGCAGCCAACUGCCCUCUCUUCGUCCACUCCCCUACAUUCCUCCGGAGGUCAAAGUCUGCACGCGGUGAAUAUCUCGAGAAAAGAGUUCCUGUCUUUAACCCAGUGGGAUUUUGACUUUAGCAUUGGAUUUUUUUUACUCUGUUCUUUGUCUUUGUCUACCCGUUUUUCUUUAGUUUUUAUUGUGUAUGUUUUAAUGGAAGUAAUGGCUUCUUCCUCCUUCACUUCCUGGUUACGUCUGUGAUCGACUUACUGAGCCAUUAAAAUACCUGCUAGUGCAGUUUCAUUACAUUUGGCCUCUUAAUAUUACUUUUUACAUUGGAUUAUUCUUAAUCAGACAACCAAACACCUUUACCUGGUGUCGAUUUAAACUCUUAAAAAAAAAACUUUUAAAUCUCAUUUUUGCCAUGAUUAUAUUUUAGUAUUUCUUUUAAUAAGUUAAUAAGUUGGUGUUAUUUACUCAAUAACCCAAAUCCUUCUACUUACUAAGGAAUUAUGUUAAUAAAGAUUAUAGGUCUAUUUAGGAGAUACAUUUUUAUCUUUUAUUAUGUUGAAAUAAAAAGCUAUGUGAAACUUGAUGCAUUUGUUCCUGCCUCUUGAAAAAACCACUGGAAGAUGAAGAUUUCUAGAACAGCAUGCUGGAAAUUGCAGCGUUCAAUCUCAAUUUCGACUCAGCCAAAACUUGAUGUUCAGUUUUCCUCUCACAACCUUUUUUCGUUCCAUGUAAAUAAGGAAAUUUGAACUCUAGUUGUAUGGAAAUGGAGGACAAUAUGUACAUAUGAAUUUGUGACGUAUAUUUCUGUUGUCUGUCCACAAGGAGAGGGAGAAAAGACUUGUGUUUGUAUUUUUGCCAGUCACGUGUCCAAAAUAAACACAUUGGAUAUUGAAUGUAACACAUGAAUUAAAUAAAACAUUUUUGAGAAUGUCUCAUA